AAGCUGAGUCAGUGUUGGAGAAGAUCCACACACUCCAGAGACUCCAGCAGCCGCCAUGGACCCCAUCCCACAGGAACAGCACUGCGCCCCGGCACCCACUAAGUCCAAGUCCAGGAAGAUCAUAAACCACUUCACGGAUGUGCAUGGACUGCCGUGCAUCGAGAACAUUGUGAGCUCAGUGGAGGACACCCCCAAUCCCAUCGGCACCGACAUCACCGGCAGCAUCCCGGUGUGGAUCCGAGGGAGCUUCCUGAGGAACGGGCCCGGCAAGUUCGAGAUUGGGAACCAGAAGUUUAACCACUGGUUCGACGGCAUGGCCCUGCUGCACCAGUUCAAGAUAGCUGAGGGGAGGGUGUCCUACAAGAGCCGUUUCCUGUCCAGCGACAGCUUCAAGGCCAACGAGGAGCACAACCGCAUCGUCGUGUCCGAGUUCGGCACCGUCACCAUGCCGGACCCUUGCAAGAACUUCUUCCAGCGCUUCCUCUCCAGAUUUGAAUUGCCGAAGCCUUCAGAUAACGCCAAUGUGAGCUUUGUGACCUACAAAGGUGAUUAUUACGUCAGUACAGAGACCAACAUCAUGCACAAGGUGGACCCUGAAACCCUGGAGACCACCAAGAAGGUGGACUGGAGCAAAUUCAUCGCAGUGAACGGAGCCACCGCUCACCCUCACACGGAACCCGACGGCACCACCUACAACAUGGGGAAUUCCUACAACUCCAAAGGAGCGAGCUACAACAUCAUCAAAGUGCCGCCCACCAAGCAGACCGCCGAGGACACCUUAGAGGGGGUUUCGGUGUUGUGUUCGAUUCCCUCGUCGGAAAAGAGCAAACCGUCCUACUACCACAGCUUCGGGAUGUCCGAGAACUACGUUGUGUUCAUUGAGCAGCCCAUCAAGAUGAACCUGUUGAAGAUUGUGACGGGGAAGCUGAGGGGGAAAAGCAUCAGCGACAGAAUCCUCUGGGACCCGACCCUCAACACCAUCUUCCACCUGAUCCACAAGCAGACGGGGAAGGUGAGCGCUGUCAAGUACCUCGCCAAGCCGCUGUUGACCUUACACCAGAUCAACGCCUACGAGGAGGGCGGCUUCCUGGUCCUGGACAUGUGCGCUUCGGACGAUGGCGCGGCAAUCAACAACUACAACGUCCAGAACCUGCGCAAGUCUGGAGAAGACCUCGACGAGGUGUACAACACCUUGUGCAGGGUCUUUCCACGGCGGUUCGUUCUGCCUCUAAAUGUGGACCAAGAGACGCCCUACGGCAAGAACCUGAACCCGAUAGGCAGCGCCACUUCUGUGAGAUUCGCCAAGAACCAGGUCUUCUGCACUCACGAGGACCUCCACGGAGAGGAUUUAAGUGAAUACGGAGGUCUGGAGUUCCCUCAGAUCAACUAUGCCAAGUACAACACUCGCCCUUAUCGCUACUUCUACGGCUGCGGCUUCAGACAUCUAGUCGGAGACUCGCUGAUCAAGAUGGACCUCAACGGGAAGCGCAUGAAGGUGUGGGAGGAACCCGGGCGGUAUCCCUCCGAACCCGUCUUUGUGCCGUCACCUAAUGCCACGGAGGAGGACGAUGGCGUUGUCAUGUCUGUGGUCAUCACACCCAAUAAGGACAAGAGCACAUUCCUUCUGGUUUUAGAUGCCGCGACCUUUGCAGAGCUGGGCCGAGCCGCCGUGCCCGUGAACAUCCCCUACGGCUUCCACGGCACGUUCAACGCCACGGCGUAAACGUGGGGAUCCCGACGAGCCCUCGGAACUCACACCAGGGGAAAGAAGUUAUAGACUAAAUAUAAUGUAAAUAUCGUCUCAAAGUUGUUCGAGGUCACUGCCCAAAUGUAUACAUGGAAUACAAAUAAGUGUCUAUUCAUUUUGUAACUGUGUUGUAAGUAACGUGUUCUUUCUAUACUUUGAAAACGUUUUGUUUUAAACAUUUUUAUUAAAAAUACACGUUACCUGAGGGUGGCUGGUAGGAAGGGCCGAGGAUCAAGAACACUACGAGGACAAAAGAAGCAAAUCUUUACUGCCUCCACGUUUCCUAAGGAGCUGAUGAAGCGAGUGCCAACGUGCACGAUGUGUGUGAAUACUUUUAUCGAUUAAUGGAUGAGCAGCGGAUGACUUGAUAAUAAUGUACAUUUUUAAAUGCUUGCAUGAAAUAAAGAAAACUUCCCUCAA